GCGGAGCCGGGAAGUGGGAGAGGGAGCGCAGGAGGCGGAGACUGCCGAGGCUCCAGCCCGGCCGGGCUCCGAGCGAGGGGCUGCAUGGAGCGGCCGGCGGGGCUCUGCGGGCUGUGGGCGCUGCUGCUCUGCGCCUGCAGCGGCGGGGGCGCCGCGCCCACGGAAACUCAGCCACCUGUGACAAAUUUGAGUGUCUCUGUUGAAAACCUCUGCACAAUAAUAUGGACAUGGAAUCCUCCUGAAGGAGCCAGCCCAAAUUGUAGUCUAUGGUAUUUUAGUCAUUUUGGCGACAAACAGGAUAAGAAAAUUGCUCCAGAAACUCGUCGUUCAAAAGAAGUGCCCCUGAAUGAGAGGAUUUGUCUGCAAGUGGGGUCCCAGUGUAGCACCAAUGAAAGUGAGAAUCCUAGCAUUUUGGUGGAAAAGUGCAUCUCACCCCCUGAAGGUGAUCCUGAAUCCGCUGUGACUGAGCUCCAAUGUGUUUGGCACAACCUGAGCUAUAUGAAGUGUUCUUGGCUCCCUGGAAAGAAUACAAGUCCUGAUACUAACUAUACUCUCUACUAUUGGCACAGCAGCCUGGGAAAUAUUCUUCAAUGUAAAAACAUCUACAGAGAAGGUCAGCACAUUGGUUGUUCCUUUGAUCUGACUAAAGUGAAGGAUUCCAGUUUUGAACAACACAGUGUCCAAAUAAUGGUCAAGGAUAAUGCAGGAAAAAUUAGACCAUCCUUCAAUAUAGUGCCUUUAACUUCUCGUGUGAAACCUGAUCCUCCACAUAUUAAAAGUCUCUUCUUCCAAAAUGGUGGCUUAUACGUGCAAUGGGAGAAUCCACCGAAUUUUAUUAGCAGAUGCUUAUCUUAUGAAGUAGAAGUGAAUAACAGCCAAACUGAGACACAUGUUUUCUCUGUUGAAGAGGCUAGAUGUCAGAACUUAGAAUUUGAGAGAAACGAGGAGGAUACGAUUUGUUUCAUGGUCCCUGGUGUUCUUCCUGAUACUUUCAACACAGUCAGAAUAAGAGUCAAAACAAAUAAGUUAUGCUAUGAGGAUGACAAACUCUGGAGUAAUUGGAGUCAAGCGAUGAGUAUAGGUGAGAAGCCCAAUCCCACAUUCUAUAUAACCAUGCUACUCAUCAUUCCAGUCAUUGUUGCAGGUGCAAUCAUAGUCCUUCUGCUUUAUCUAAAAAGGCUCAAGAUCAUUAUAUUCCCUCCAAUUCCUGAUCCUGGCAAGAUUUUUAAAGAAAUGUUUGGAGACCAGAAUGAUGAUACCUUGCAGUGGAAGAAGUAUGACAUUUAUGAGAAGCAAACCAAGGAAGAAACUGACUCUGUAGUGCUGAUAGAAAACCUGAAGAAAGCCUCUCAGUGAUGGAGAUAAUUUAUUUUUUAACCUUCAACAUGACCUUGUGAAGAUUCUUCCCAUUCUCUAUUUGUUAUCUGGGGACUUGUUAAAUGGAUACUGAAACUACUGGACCACUUAAAAACAGACAGCUCAUAAGAGCCACAGGUCUUUAUGUUGAGUUGUGUACCGGAAAACUAAAAAUAAUGGGCCCUUUGGAAAGGAGAGUGGAGUCAUUUUCAUUGAGUUAUAAAAGCAGACAUCCUUUGUGAAGGCUUCAAUCUAAGGGACAAAGCAAAAAGUGAUGAUAGCAGUAGAAUUAAUCUUAUCAAGAGUCAUGACAACUUCCUGAGUGAUCUGUGCUUGCUUUGUAUUAUUUGUGUCAAACAACACCAACAAAUUUUAUUUGCAGAGGAACUCAUUUUGGGUACAAAUACUGAUGUUGAACUUGAGUUACAAAGAACAUCUAACAAACAAAAUUGAUAAAAUCUCUUAGCUAUUUUUUGGGAUUCCUAUUGAGUAAUGUUUGUGGCUAUUGAAGCUCUUAACAGUCUGGAAUCAUCAUCCCCUUCAACAGCAUUAUCCUCUGCUUUGAAAGCCUCAGAAAUCAGUGUUGGCCAUGAUGAUGACAACUACAGAAAAAGCAGAGGCAGCUUUUUUUACCAAGACCUCUCAAAGCCAUUGUAGGCUUUUAAGGGCAGUGGAAGCAGAAUGAUUCAUUGGGUAUUAGAGUUUGAACCAUGAAAUCUCUAAUGAUGUUUAUCUUUUCUUCACCUCUGCUACUCAAAUCAAGUAUUUACUAUAUGUCUGGCUUGUGCUACCCCUCCAGGUGUGAGGCACAGACCCUCUCCAAGGGUUUACAAUCUACUUGGGACUCCUUGGUUCUUACCACUUUCUUUAUCUCCAUCAGUCGUUUUACAGACAUUUCAAUUCCCCAACUCUGACACUGAUUUCUCCUUUUGCAUUCUCCCUUAUUCCCUUCCUUGUAGCCUUUUGACUUUUGUUAGAAAUUAGGAUAUAAAUCUCCUCAAAACACCAAGAGGAGCAGGGGGUAAUUUGUAUCUCAGGUAAAGUGUGAGUAGACUGAGAAACAAUGACUAAUUCUUGCAUGUUUUGUAAAUUCUGUGUGAGCCUGCAAUUGUUGAUGGUUUUCAGCAUCUGAUGUUUAUCUAUGCAUUUCUAAAUAGAGAUGAGGUAUUAUCUUCACUUAGAACUUUGCUGUUUGCUUGAGAAAAAAGAAUAAUUGAAUAUUUUUCUCCUUUAUUUUUUCUACAAGAUGGGCCCUGGGAUUCCUAUUUUCCCUGCCAAAUGAUUAAUUAAGUAGGUUCUGUGUCUUACAUUGAUAGCCAGCCAUCCAAGGCUCCCUUUAUGCUUUUUUUUUUUUUUUUGGCGUAUGUUAGGGUUCCAUUCUCACCCGUCCCCACAACAUAUCCAUAUAUAUUCCCUGUACUCCUACAUCUCCCUAAUUUAAAGAAGUAUGGGAAAUGAGAGGUAUCUCCCUCCAACCCCCUCCCCAUUUCUCUCCAUACACACACAGACUCAGAUUACUGAUAGGAACUUGAGAACUUUAUAUCACAAGUUCUCCAAACAUUUACCAAUUAUGUUAAUAAGAUGAUGCUCACUUGCAGUUCCUGCUCUUAGGGGAGGGGAGGGGAGAUAAGAAACCCACAUUCUCCGCAGGUUUGGGCAAAAGUGGCAACCUGCUUCCAUGGCUGUGGAGAAACACUGUGCCCUGGCUUCUCUGAGGAAAUUGGGAUUCGUGGCAAUGGUAGAUGUAAAGUGUCUCUUCCCUUUGCUUUUAUUUUUGAGGUCAGAUUGAGGCUGGGAGACAGGCAUAUUGGAUGUUCCAUUUUGUUGUACUGUUCUCUAGAAAGAAUAUUUCAUUCCUGUGUAGGAAUGAAAUUAAUUGCUUUCCAGUCUUUUAUAAUUCUGGGAAGCAAAACACUUACAUGCCUCACCCAAAGCCAUUUUUACUAUUAUCCUAUUUAGAUGGCAAUGAGGAGGAUGCUUUGAAAUUCCCAAGGAACACUGACACUGACAGUCAUGUAGCCUGGGAGUGGGGAAAUUGUAUUUUGUUCUCAUCCUCCUCUUUUAGCUGAGAGACUAAGAGGCAUUAAAUUAUGAGAGUACCUGAUUGUUUCAUAAAUGCUAAAAAGUGACCCCCUUGGUCUUGGGAGCUCUUGGAGACUUCAGUACAUCAGUGGGAUUCCCAUCACCUGUAGAAAACUAGUGGGUUCAUUUACUGUUUUAGGUCUAACCCAUAUGGAUUUUUUCCACACAUACUUAAGUAAACCCACUGUGAGGAUAGUCAUUCUUAUUCUUUCAUUCAGAUAAGUUUUUUCUUCAUCUGGGCACUGAAGGGAUACAUGAAACAAUGUUAACAUUUUUGGUAAUGUCUUCACCCAGUGAUCAUUUUUGUUUAACUUCUUAUAGGAAAACUUGAGUUAAAUAAAUAUUGUCUUUUUGUAUGUCACCCAAA